GCUCCGCUCUCAGCUCCCAUCAUCUUCCUCAUCGCCGUGAAAACCAACCAUGUGUCUCUUCACCUGCCCCGCCUCCUUCCUCCUCUUCCUCUUCCUCCUCCUGCCACUGCCGCCCUGCCAGUCGGAGUCCCGUCGCGGCAGCCCCCCCAGCUUCGCCCCGGCCCUGCGGACCGCACCGACCUCCCCGCUGCCCUCCACCUUUGCUCCGCCCUCGUUUAAUGGAACCGGCGCCGCUCUGGCCUCCAACGGCACCGCGAAGUGCGAGGAGGUGGCGACGUGCAGCCCGGGCAUUCUGCUGCCCGUCUGGAAGCCCGACCAGCCGGGGCUCGGGUAUCAGGUGGUCCGGGCCGUGGUCUACUUUGCGUCCCUCAUGUACAUGUUCCUGGGCGUGUCCAUCAUCGCAGACCGCUUCAUGGCGUCCAUAGAGGUCAUCACGUCGCAGGAAAAGGAGGUGACCAUCACAAUGCCCAACGGUGAAACCUCUGUGGCGACGGUUCGGAUCUGGAACGAGACGGUUUCUAACCUGACCCUCAUGGCUCUGGGCUCCAGCGCCCCAGAGAUCCUGCUCUCCGUUAUAGAAGUGUGCGGUCAUGAGUUCAAGGCCGGGCAGCUGGGUCCAGGGACCAUCGUGGGCAGCGCCGCCUUCAACAUGUUUGUGAUCAUCGGGAUCUGCGUGUGGGUGAUCCCCGACGGACAGUCGCGUAAAAUCAAACACCUCAGGGUUUUCUUCAUCACCGCCUUCUGGAGCAUCUUCGCCUACAUCUGGCUUUACCUCAUCCUGUCCAUCAUCUCUCCGGGCGUCGUGGAGGUGUGGGAGGCCCUGGUGACGCUGCUCUUCUUCCCCGUGUGCGUCAUCCUGGCCUGGGUCGCCGACCGCCGCCUGCUCUUCUACAAGUACAUGGGCAAGCGUUACCGCGCCGACAAGCGCCACGGCAUCGUGGUGGAAACCGAGGGGGACUUGACCCCCAGCAAGAGCGGCAUGGAGCUGAUGAUAGACGGCAAGCUCCUGACUCGAGGGGGCGCCAUGGUUCCUGCCGAAAACUGCGGGGGCGGCGCUCAGGACGGCGCCGCCACAGCGACAGUCACUGGAGGUAACCUGCCCAACUCCAACAGCGCCAUGGUCAACAUGGAGAGUGUAAAGGAGCUGGACGAGAGCCGCAAAGAGGUGAUUCGCAUCCUGAAGGAGCUGAAGCAGAAAUAUCCUGACAAAGAGCUGGACCAGCUGGUGGAGCUGGCUAACUACUACGCUCUGCUGCACCAACAGAAGAGCAGAGCUUUCUACCGCAUCCAGGCUACCCGCAUGAUGAUCGGAGCCGGGAACGUUCUGAAGAAGCACGCCGCCGACCACGCCCGCCGCACCGCCGUGACCGACGAGGACGCAGCGGAGGAGGACGACCUGGCCGUCUGCAGCCACAUCUCGUUUGAGAGCGCCCACAGUCAGUGCAUGGAGAACUGUGGGACCCUCUACCUGACUGUCAUCUGCCAAGGAGGCCUCGGAGAGAACACCUUCUACGUGGACUACAGAACCGAAGACGGCUCGGCCAACGCCGGCUCAGAUUACGAUUACAGCGAGGGAACGCUGGUGUUCAAACCUGGAGACACUCGAAAAGAGAUCAAGGUCGGGAUAAUCGACGACGACAUAUUUGAAGAAGACGAGCACUUCUUUGUCCGUCUGCUCAACCUGCGGGUCGGUGACGCCGAGGGGAUGUUCGAAAGCGACGAGGCGGGCGCCGCCCCCAAGGCCCGCCUGGUCGAGCCCCUGGUGGCCACGGUGACCAUCCUGGACGACGACCACGCCGGCAUCUUCACGUUCACUGAGCGCAUGGUGCGCGUGAGCGAGAGCGUGGGCACCAUGGAGGUGACCGUGGUGCGCAACUCCGGCGCCCGCGGCACCGUCAUCCUGCCGUACCACACGGAGUGCGGCACCGCCAAGGCGGGCGAGGACUACGAGGAGGCGCGGGGGGAGCUGGAGUUCACCAAUGACCAGACCACUCAGACUCUGCAGGUGAGGAUCAUCGACGAUGAGGAGUACGAAAAGCAUGAGAACUUCUUCAUCGUGCUGGAGGAGCCUCGCUGGCUGAAGAGAGGAAUCUCAGCUCUGCUGCUCAGCCAAGAUGGAGCAGAGGGGCAGAUGAGCGCUGAGGAAGAGGAGGCCCGCAGGAUAGCUGAGAUGGGGAAGCCCAUCCUGGGGGAGCACAGCCGCCUGGAGGUGGUCAUCGAGGAGUCGUACGAGUUCAAGAGCACCGUCGACAAGCUCAUUAAGAAGACCAACCUGGCGCUGGUGAUCGGCACGCACUCCUGGAGGGAACAGUUUGUGGAGGCGGUGACGGUCAGAGCAGGAAAUGGCGACGACGAUGAGGAGGGACGUGAGGAGCGCCUUCCGUCGUGUUACGACUACGUGAUGCAUUUCCUCACUGUCUUCUGGAAGGUUCUGUUCGCCUGCGUCCCGCCCACUGAGUACUGGAACGGCUGGGCCUGCUUCUUCGUGUCCAUCAGUUCCAUCGGUCUCCUCACGGCCGUCAUCGGGGAUUUGGCGUCACACUUCGGCUGCACGGUGGGGCUGCGGGACACGGUGACCGCUGUGGUGUUCGUGGCGCUGGGAACUUCGAUUCCAGAUACGUUUGCCAGCAAAGUGGCCGCCAUCCAGGACCAGCACGCCGAUGCGUCUGUCGGAAACGUCACGGGCAGCAACGCCGUCAACGUGUUCCUGGGGAUCGGCGUAGCGUGGUCAGUGGCGGCCGUCUACUGGAGGAUCAAAGGGAAGACGUUCAACGUGGACCCGGGGUCGCUGGCGUUCUCCGUCACUCUCUUCACCAUCUUCGCUUUCAUCUGCAUGGCGGUGCUCCUCUUCAGGCGCCGGCCCUCCAUCGGCGGGGAGCUGGGCGGUCCCAGAGUGCCCCGCCUCCUAACUAGCCUGCUGUUCCUCGGCCUCUGGUUCCUCUACAUCCUGUUCUCCAGCCUGGAGGCGUACUGCCACAUCAGUGGCUUUUAAAAAAAAAAAAAGAAAGAAAAGGAACCAAUGUUCUGGAAGAACGGCGCCCAGCGACACACAGGCUAAAGUUCAACUCUCAGUCCGUUUACCGGGACU